GUUCGCCCGUUCCAAUCCCCCGGUUACCUGACGCCAGACUACGCGGUCAUGUCGUCCUUUUUCACCCUGCCCGCUUCUCAGCGGAAGCGCAAGAGAGACGACCGCGCCGGAGCCCCCGCCUCCAAGAAACGAGGAGUCGACGCAGAGAAGAAUUCGAGAGAGCGGGAUGAAUCGAUCUCGGGAAGUGACUUGGAUGGGGAAGAUGUAGAAAGCCAGGCGCCCGGGCUGUCCGAGGAGAGUGGCUCGGAAUCCGAUGAGGGAGAGACGGCCGGAGACCGAAGAUUGAAACUUGCCGAGAGAUAUCUUGAAAAUAUCCGGGAUGAAGUGGAUGAUGUUGGGUUUGAUGCGGCGCAAAUCGACCGAGAUCUCAUUGCGGAGAGACUGAAAGAAGAUGUGGACGAGUUCAAAGGCCGGGUGUACCGUCAGAUUGCGUCGGACUUGGCUUUCUCGACAGCGUCGCAUACCUUCUUUCGAGCGGAUACCCAGACGACCACCUCUAUUGCAGUCCAUCCACCCUACGCAUACACGGUGUCCAAGGAUAAAACGCUGAUCAAGUGGGAACUCGCUACACCCAGUGCCGCGCCCGCAGCCGCUACGACAAACGAUCAGGACUCGUCGAAACGCCGCCCGAAACCGCAGCGGAGAAAGCCGAAACAAGUGAAAUUCGCACGGGGCUUGCAAAAGAUUGCCGAGAGCGAGGAAGAACAUGGCCACACCAAGAGCAUCCUAUCUGUUGCCGUGUCGCCGUCAGGGAAGUACGUGGCGACUGGCGGGGAGGAUCGCAGAUUGAUUAUCUGGGACGCAGCAACCCUGAAGCCAUUGCAGACUUUUACACAACACCGGGACUCUGUCAGUGGGCUUGCCUUUGCUCGUCAUAUCUCCACGAUGAGCUCCGGAGAACAACUCUUCUCCGGUUCUUUCGACCGCACAAUCAAGACGUGGUCCUUGAGCUCUGCAGGACAUGCCUAUGUCGAGACAUUGUUUGGACAUCAGGACCAUGUCUCGUCGUUGGCGGCAAUGACGAUUGACGAAUGUAUCAGUGUGGGAGCGCGCGAUCGUACGGCCAGAUUAUGGAAGGUUGUGGAUGAAUCCCAGCUGGUUUUCCGUGGUGGUUCGAAGAAGGACUCGUACCAGGAAAACAACAUUGACUGCGUGGCUCCUUUGCCUCCCAGUCAUUUUGUUACUGGCUCGGACUCGGGUGCUCUCUCGCUCUGGUCCGUUCACAAGAAAAAGCCCCUCCAUACGAUCCCGCUCGCCCACGGCCUCGACCCUAUUCCUCCUCUCGAUGAGCUCUCAAACGAAGUUGAUCAGGACGUUGCAUCGGCAAACUCCCGCUUCCUUCGACGGAUGCCUCGCUGGAUCACAGCUCUAACCACUGUGCCGGGUACGGAUAUUGUGCUGAGUGGAAGCUGGGAUGGCUGGAUUCGCGCCUGGAAGAUCUCUGAAGAUAAGAAGAUGAUUCUGCCACUCGGACCUGUUGGUGGUGGAAACGUGGUCUCCCCCGAUACACCGUCUGCGCAGCUGAAGCAAACCCUCGCUUUUGACACCCCUGCCAACCCAGAUCAUAUGGCCAUCGAUACGCCACGGACCGACGAGGCCAAAGACGGUCCUGAGCCGCUGGUCAAGGGCGUGGUCAACGGUAUUGCCGUUUUCGAACGCCGGGCAGACACGAUUAAGCCCGGUCAGGUAUCGACCGAGCCCAAGUCCAAGUCCAAGUCGAAAUCCUCAGACUCUGAGCCCCGUGGGCUCUGCAUAGUGGCAGCCGUCGGCAAGGAGCACCGGUUUGGACGUUGGAAGUGCUUUGCGAACAAUUAUCACGACGGGGCCGCCGCGGAUGGCCGCAACGGAGCCGUUGUUUUUGAAGUUCCGUUCUUUGCGGGCGUGACCUCAAAGGAGGCGUAAUUGGCCCAUGGGAUGAAUCACGGUGACGUGGCGUAUGUAUUCUAUCUAUUGAUUUCACUGUUCUUCUUGUGUACUUUGGCUAUUCCCGGAUCGGCGGUCUUUGCAUAUUGUUUUCUAAAAGUUUCGCAUUAGAAGGCUUCUUCAUGUUGCUGUGAUAUUGGACCGACAGGUCCGGAUGUACAUAUCUAUCUACAAACCAGAUAUUUGCG